AUGCCUCUCGCACUCUCCUUGAACUCGAGUUGCACAUGCUUUACCGUGACCGAUGAGAGCACAAUUUUUGAUUUUCAACCUCUUUCGACAUUGUCAACCACAACCACCACUCCCAUCUCUGCACAUACUACUUCUUCUACGACCGUAUCAUCAUCCAAUCCAUCGUCAUCAUCAGGAGCAUCCUCUCCGCUCCUCCUAGCCUCCUCAUCAUCAUCUGACAUUUUAAAUUAUUAUGACAUUCUUCAAGUACUUCCUUCCAUCUCAUCGAGUCGAACGUUAUUCAAAGAAAUUCAACAUGUGGCCAAUUCGGUGGGAGAAUUGGCUUGUUUUCCCUAUGUUCAAAAACAACAACAAAUGGUGAUGCAAUCGAUAUCAGCAGCCAGUGGUGGCUCAUCGGAAAUGUCUCCAACAACACCUCAUUCCUCAACACCUACCUCCCUCUUUACGUCAUUGUUUAAUAGUACAUCAGAGAGUUCAAGUUUUAGUAAUAGUGAAAUGAUUAGUGGCAAGACAGGUCAGCAAUUCAUGUCAGCGGUGUAUAAAAAGUAUCGAGUGGAGACCAAUGCCAUGCUUGUGAAAGAUAGAGUGUCUAAUGAAUUACUUGUCAUGAAACCAAUCUUGUUUUUGAAUGAAGAAGAUUUUGAGAGAAAAAGUAAAAUGUUCGAAAAAUUGAAAGCAAUUGCAUUGACAUCCUACAAUGUCGUAACUCCUCACCGAUUUUUCAGAUAUCUCAACUCACCCAUGUCGACCGAUGAAGAUUUCUCGUUGCUCAUUCCACAAGCAUUGAACUCUUCGAGCGGAUCCGAAUACUUGUCACCAAGUGCAUUUCUUUCACAGCAACGAAAAAAGCGAGUCGGUUCUCUUGCAUUCAUGACCACGGAAUAUGUCAAGAAUGGAGACUUGUUCCAACUCUUGUGGAAAUACAAAAAUUGUGGAAAGAAAUUUUCAGUGAUGGAUAUUUUCAAUUUCAUCAUUCAAGUGUGUUCGACUCUGAGUUGCAUGAAGGUGAAACAAACAUUAUCAAGCAUGCCCAAAGAUGCUGCUGUUCGCUCCAAUGAGAGAAUUUCUGUAGCCAGUAGCUCCGAUAUUGAAGGAUAUGUGGAUGAAAUUUUAUCGGUACAUGGUAAAUUAACUGGUCACAACAUUCUUGUGGAUUUUGAACCGACUGGACUUUACAAAUUUUGUCUUCACAAUUUUUCCUUCAUGAGAAAUACACUAUUGAAUAAGCAAAAACAUGCACUUCCAAUCAUUGAUGAUAAUAAGGAGAAUGAUCAAUUAUUACUGGGAUCUCAAAAUGAAUUACUACUCUUUCCUUCACCUCCAGAAUUAAUGGAUAAUCCUGAAGAGAAUUAUUUGAGGGACUAUGACGAUUGUUGGUGUUUGGGAGUUUUAAUGUAUCAACUUGUCACUGGAAAACCCAUUUGCUUUGAUGAGCAAGAGCAACGAGAAAUUUUAAAAGCUAAAGCUGUGCGCACACUCAACAUGUCCAUUGUCAACGACGAGUUGGAGAAUUAUCUGAAAGAGGGACUUUUUGCAGUGGAGCACGAAUCGACCAGUUCCACUCCAACACCACUCUCAAAAAAGAGAAAGAAACAACUCGAAGAAGAAUUGUAUGCUGAUGCCAAAGUAUUGGUAGAUUUAACACUAGGUUUACUCUCGUAUUUACCUGAGGAGAGAUUAACACCUCUUCAAAUUUUACAACAUGAGACCACAAUGAAGUACAUGAAGAUGAUUCAUAGUGUUCAAGAAGAAAAAGGAACGGAAUUUUGUGAACAAGUAGGUCACGAUAUUUCCACCAUUGAAACACAAAAACAAAAUUCUCAAAACUCCGCUCUCUAUCCCUUCCUAAGUCAAAAAGAUUACAUUUCUCUUCAGUUUUUCCAUGCCUAUCAUAAGGAAAAAGGCAUUGAAGAGAAAUGGGAUACAUCCUUCUUUCGGCAAGAACGUAUUGGCCAAGAAGAUAAUAUCAUUCAAUUAUUGGAAUUAUCAUUCAACAAUUCGAUACGAACAUUUAUAUUUGCCUUCAUACGUAAUUUACAUUUGAAUGUAUUACAAGAUUUUAGGAGGGAGGUCAAUCUCCCAACCGAUUACAAAAUGUUAAAAAUUAUAUUCUUGAACAUGCUUUCACUUCAAGCAAAGAAGAAAUCCAACAUCGCUUUCAAGCAUGUACGAUCAUUUAUUGGCCAGGCAUUACCAUUGAUACCUGAGAUGCUUCUCUUGAUUGUUCUUUUGGAAUCAAUCGAGUUACUAUUAGAAAAUGAUUAUGAAUACUAUAGUACUCACAUGUUCGAGUACAAUAAGGUCCAACUUUUCAAUCAAAUUCAAAAAAUUGAAACAGAAAUUACCUCUCUCAUAUCCAAGCAUGAAAUUGACAGCUCACAAUUCCGAAUUGCCACUCGUUUAUCGAAAAAGGAGACGGAGGUCAGAUAUUUCAUUGAACGUUACACACUUCCACUGGCACAAAAGUUAGUGGAUGGCCUGAAAAAAGCAGAUCCUCAAACUAGUGGUUCCAAGGGAAAUAUUGUACUUUCAUUGUUGAGAUACAUUGUUUGUAAUUGUUUCCAGAAGGAGCAUAAAUGGGUGCUCGUUGGCAAUGAAGGAAAAAUGGAAGGUAAACUCUUUGGAUUUGAAGACAUCUUUUCCAACAAGAAGAAGCGAAGCAGAUGUUCCUUGAAUUUUACCUAUACACGUGAUUAUGUGAAUGCAGAAGGAAAUAUUCAGCUGCAACUUGCCUUUUCUAAACAUGGCGAUAAGGAAGUACUCUUUGCAGAUCGUCUCGAAAAGGUGAAUGACAAGUGUAAAAUUCAGAAACGUAUUUUUGUGGUGAGUGACUUGGCCGUGUACAACAUUGAUCCAUCCAACUUUAAGAUUAAGAGACGAGUAGAAAUUUCUGAAAUUGAAAGUAUUUAUGUGAGCACGUAUACUGAUGGCUAUUUUGUGCUCAAAGUUCCAAAUUCAUAUGAUUUUCUGUAUAGUGCAUGGCGGAGAACUGAGCUCAUCAUGGCCAUUCAAAAAGUGAGCAACAUUCCAGUCCAUGUUUCCAAUCGAUUUCCUUUCAAUCCAGCAAAGGGAGAUAAUCGACAGGUGGUGUUUGUUGAAGAUUCUAAAACACCAAAAUCCAAUGUCAAACUUGUGAAAAAAGAAUAUAUUGUAACAGUGAGACCUCCAGAAACUGAUCCUAUUAAUAUUGAAUCCGUUCAUGCGUUAGUGACCAUGGGAAAAUCAAGCGAGCAAAGAGAAAUUGUGUUAGAUCCCUAUGAUGUGACUACUCUGAAACUACCUCCAACGGCCUCCUACAAAAUUCGUUUCAAAUUCUAUGUGAACACUAAUUUGAAUUGUUUCUUAGACGAGUUCAUUAAGGCAGACAAUGAAACAGUAUUUCAAUUGGUACUGGGACAAUUUGAAAAGAGUGAAGACCCCAUUGUACUCAUGACUGACAAACGAACUGUGUGUGAUUAUUUUGCACUGAAAACAAAAAAGACUCAAGUCACUAUGAAAAUUAUGGAUACCGAACGACAGGCCAUUCAUUCUCAACAAUUUCAAAUUGAAUAUGACAUGCAAUAA